GGCAAAAAAGAAGAGAACAAACACAAAGAACCCAAUAAAGCUGCAAUUCCUUCCAUCUCUGUUCCCUCUGCUCAUAAAACCCUCAGAAAUUCGCUUCAGAAAAGAAAAACCCUGCCUCUCUCUCUCUCCUCAUCGCUCCGUCCAUAAAAUCCUACACCUGGUUGCUCUUCUUCCCCUUCCACACAGACCCAUUUCCCCACGCUGCUCUGUUCUUCUUCCUCUUCCGCCAUUACUGAAUCUCUAGAAGAAAAGAAACAAACUUUUCUUCGAUCAUGCCUUCAGUGGCCACCAUGGGCGAGACAGCAGCAACCACAACGAAGCGGAGGAUGAAACCCUUCAUCCACGGCGUCCCGGUCACCACCGGAGCUUCUACAGCUCUGCAGCAGCAGAAUCCUCUGCCGCCGCCGCCGGAGCAGGAGCAGCUCCCCUGCCCGCGCUGCGACUCCACCAACACCAAGUUCUGCUACUAUAACAACUACAACUUCUCCCAGCCCCGCUACUUCUGCAAGUCCUGCCGCCGCUACUGGACCCAGGGCGGCACCCUCCGCGACAUCCCCGUAGGCGGCGGGACUCGCAAGAGCGCCAAGCGCUGCCGUACAUCUCUCACUCCCGCCGCCGCUGCUACUACUUCCGUUACCACUUCCACCGUCAAUAGUCCGGAUAGCUCGGCUGGAUUCGAGGGGAUUGCUUCGCCGUUGCUGGUGGGGAAGCCGGGAGCGACGUCGAUGCAGUACGGCAGCGGCGGCGAUGGGGUGGGGAAGGCGGAUUCCUUCUGGGCUAUGGGAGGUCCAUUGGGCCUUGGGCUUGACGGGAAAGGGAAUGGGCCCGGGUCUCUCUGUGGUAGCUUUACCUCUCUUUUGAGCAAUGCUGGGCCUGGGCUUGGAGGCGGUGGUGGGUUUGUUCCGGGGCUUGAAGAUGUGGGCCGAGGGAUCUGGCCUCUUCAUGGGGUGGAAGACGGUGGCGCUGGUGGUGGUCUUGGCGGUGGCAACAUUACCGGCGGUGGCAUUACUGGCGGCAAUACGUGGCAGUUCGAGAGUGGGGAGAGUGGGUUUCUUGUGGGCGGCGGCGGUGGCGGCGAUUGUCUCUCUUGGCCUGAUUUGUCAAUUUCAACUCUUGGAAAUGGACUCAAAUGAGUGGUCUUUGGGAUAUGGAGGUAUCACUUUGUAAUUUGUUCGUUUUAAGGUGGGAGAGAGGAAAGGAAUUGUAGAAGUUGGGGUUUAAUAGUAUUAGUUAGUGAUAAUGGUAUGUUAGCUAAUAUGAAAUCAGAGGUAGACAAAAGAAAGUGGCCCUUGUAUU